AUGGCGGAGGAGUACCGGCAGCGCCUGGACAACAAUGUGGAGAAGCUGGUGGAGAACUUCAAGGGGCUGAUCAAGACGGCCAAGAUCAAGGACUCGGCCAACACCACGCGCGAGUCCUUCCAGAGCUCCAUUUAUGCCACGACGCUCGUGCAGGCCAGCGAGUCGCUGCUCAAGCUCGUGUCCGAGAUGAAGCUGUCGCUCGCGCUCGGCGACUUCGAGGGCAUGAGCCAGAACGUCGACUCGACCUCGGACGAGCUGCUCAAGCGAUGCGACGACGUGGACGCGCAGAUCUCGCACCUGAGCGCCGACAUCUCGUCCGCUUUGUUCGAGCUGGAGCACCACUACUACCAGUCCAAGUGGCGGCUGUCACCGUCAACCGACAGCGAGGAGGCUUCGUAG